UGUGUUAGUGCGUGGUUCUUGUUCAUCUCUUUCUCUCUCUCUACGAAAAUAUUUUCUUCUGCCAAGAAAACCAUUUUUGAAAUAAUCAAUCCUUUAAAUUCUAAAGGUUUUAUACCCCCUCAGAAAUUUGACAUUAUAAGUGAUCUGAUGUUAUGAGGAAUAGCAGAGAGGUGAAUAGUAACAGUGGAAGGAUCAAAUGUUCUUCUUAUCCAUCAUUAUCUACUGAUGAAGGACCUCCAAAUAAUCCAUCAUCUUCUUCCCAUUUCUUGCAUCUCAGCAAGCCUAGUGAUGAGUUAGGUCAAUCACAUCUUUCCACUUUCUCCAUCAGAGGUUAUGCAUUUAGUAACCGGACCAAAAACAUUCAGAAAAGCUGGCCUUUCUCCUCAACAAGUCUGCAACUUUGUUUAAAACAUGGCUUGAGUGAUCCAUUGCCACCUAUUCAGCCUCUUGUUCCUAUGAUAAGCCAUCCUCCUGAAGCUUCAUCAUCCAAGAAGCCUCAUGUUGAAGCGACAAGCUGCAAGAGAAAGUUAAAAAGACUUGCCUCCAAUGAUCAUGCAUCAGCAGAGACUAAACAAGGCUUAGAGAAUGGUUCAAAAUCCAAAACACAAGUCACUAUCCUCAACAAGACUCCUAGAAAGAAAUGUGGAUUAGUAGUGAAACCUGGAGCUUGUGUGGAAAAAGAAGAUCAGGGUUGUCUCUUUUCAGCUUCUGAUCAAUCUAUGGCUUUGAGAACUUGUCCCAUCUGCAAAACCUUCUCGUCUGCUUCUAACACCACCUUGAAUGCGCAUAUCGAUCAGUGCCUGUUUGUUGACUUGGGAGAGCAGCCAGUUAGUAAGCCAAACAAGCCUAGGAGUAAGCCGCGGUUAAAGGUUAAAACGAUGGUUGAUAUCUACGCUUCUGCAAAAGGAUGCACACUAGAAGAUCUUGAUAGAAGAAAUGGAACUAAGUGGGCUGUGAUCUCUAGCUACUCUAACCGUGUCAUUGUCUGUGAUAAUAAUAAGUCUGAAGUUUCCAACAAAGAGAAGAAGCUUGAUGAAGAUGGUGAUGCUGGCAUUGGACCUGUUUACAUUGAUGCUAAGGGCCAAAAACUGAGGAUUAUAUCUGAGGUUAAGGAGAAAGCUGCUGAUCCAUCAAGAGAGCAUGAGAAGAAAACUGUUAGUGAAGGUAAACGGAGUUACAAAAGCUGUAAGAAAAGACUUGAAGGCAAUGCUUCAGAGAUACAAGAGUAUAGAAGAGAGUGUUCUGAAGAAUGUAGAGGCAUGGAGACUCCAGGGACAAGUCAGCGUAGGAGGAUGCUAAGAAAACAUAGUCUUUCAAGGAAUGAAAGUAAGAAAGGGAGGAGCAUGUGUGAUCAGCCAUCUGAGAAUGUGCAUUCAUUGUCAGAAGAUCCUCUUGUGUUAAGAGGUCCAAGUCAUGUGAGUACUGAUUUAUCCGAGGCAGUUAACAGUCAAAGCUGUGGGGAUAGCCAAGUCUCUGGAAAGAGUACUAACUUUGCAGCUCCUAAACCAGUGGACAAAGGAGUUAUGAAGUUAAAGAAAGCAUGGAGGUUUGAUGUUUCAGAGAAUGAAGAUGAAGAUUCAGGGAGAUGGGAGUCUGAGAUGACUCAAGAACGUGAACUGGCUGAUUGGGAUGAGGAUGAAGAAACAGAUAAGGUGUUUCUGAGCUUGAGUCCUUCAACUAGUGGUGAAGACAAUGAUUAUGAAAGCUGGAAAGAGACUGGUAAUAAUAAAGGAGACUGUGAUAUGUUGGAGAAAACAGAUGACGUGGAGGUUGAAUUUGAAAGCAUGGUUUUAGAGAAAAGUGGUUUUGAAACUGAAGAAAGAGGAAGCUCAUUCAUGGAGGUUGAUCCCAUUCCUAUUCCAGGACCUCCUGGAUCAUUUCUAGAGAGUCCUUGGGACAUGGAAGCUGAUGCAACUGCAGCUGAAAAUCAUGGAAACUUUUUCCAGGUCCAAACAUCCUUUGAUCAGCUUGAUCUCGCCGACAGAAACUUGUCUGAAUCACCUGUUUCAGCAGUUUCUAACUUUGCAGCUCCUGAAACACAGACGUUUAGUCUUCAUAACAUCAUCACAACUGACAAGAGACCUUCUGGAUUCAGUGCAAAUGAUCAGUCAUGUUUUUGCCAGAGAAAGGAGAAUGCUGGUGAAGAUACAACAUUUAGCCAACCACCACCACACAUGAUCCAUCAAGAUCUUUUGGGUAAGUCUGUUCCUUCAAACUCCGGUCCAGUGUUGCGGCUAAUGGGAAAAGAUUUGAUGGUUAUGAAUCAAAGAGAAGAGACCUCACGUGGAGAUUCAAGUCUAAAACCAACCUCUCAGUUUCAAGAUGUCUCAAAGACACAACAAGUGUCUCCUCAUGCCCAUCAUCAUCGUCCUUUUGGUGGAAACGGUUUGUAUUUAGACGCCAGUACAAGCUUUUACAUUCCAUGACAAUACUGAUCAACUCCAGCAAACUCAUAUUCUUGAAAGAUCUUAAAGAAGUUAUCUCUUCAACCAUUCAACCUCAAGAUUCCCUGAUUCUCUAAUAAAGAGGUUGAGAAGAAUCUCAAGAGGCUGCUUUGAAGAAAUGGUGAGAUAACCUAUAGAAUAUUGAGAAACUCCACCAAGGUAAAUGUAAGUUAUUAUAAUGUUAUGGAACCGCAUUUUGAAUAAAAAGUAUACAUAACUUAAACAUCAUGAUUCUUUCUUUCUAUAUAGAUAUUUAUAUAUGUGGUUGAAAUCAUGUGAGGUAGUCAAGAUCAUGGUCACCGUCAUGACAUGCAUUAUGUGUACGCAAUUCAUUUUCUUUCGUCUCACUAAUUCCUAAUUAUUUUAGAUAUAACCUGUUGAGUGUAAUUAAUGUCACAUAAAUUAGAUGGGGAAAUAUUUGAUGUAUAGUAU